UUGUAUUGACUCAACAGGAAACAGACUUCGGUUUAGAGUAGUACAUCGUCAGAGGACAUGAAGAAAUACUGUCGGUGAUAUAAACGCAGAGAAGCUACUUUAUUGUGCUGUAAGAAGUUUUGACAUGUUUCUGGCAGUGCGGCUCGUUUUUAGCAUACUCUCUUCUGUUUAUGUGCUAGAAUAAGAAGAAGUGUAAUUUCGCUUGAUAAAUUUGCCUUGCGGGCUACAAUGACACCGUUGAAUUUGACAAUGAAGGAGAAAACACUUGGUCGCGCUAAAACUCACUGGACUUCAAAAGCAGCAACAGCUGGAAUAGUUCUGCUGAGUUUGUUUGCAUGGUCUUGUCACGCAGAAGAAGCAUCUUGUCACGGAGCUUACGACUUGUACUUUGUUCUAGAUAGGUCGGGAAGUGUUUCUAACGACUGGGGUGAGAUUUAUGCCUUUGUGAAGAAUCUGACAGAUCGAUUUGUGAGCCCCAGCAUGAGGGUUUCCUUUAUAGUGUUCUCAUCUUCAGCCAAAGUGAUGUUACCUCUCACUGGAGACAGAUAUGAAAUCCAGGAAGGCCUGGAGAGACUGAGAGAGGUGAAGCCAGCAGGGGAAACCUACAUGCAUGAAGGGAUUAAAGAGGCAAACCUUCAAAUCAAAGCCCAAGCGACCAAGUCCUCCAGCAUCAUUGUGGCUUUGACGGAUGGAAAGCUGGAGGUCUAUGUACAUGAACUAACAGUUGAAGCCGCCAACGAUGCAAGGUACUACGGUGCUCGGGUGUACUGUGUUGGUAUCAAGGACUUUGACGAGCAACAGCUAGCCGAGGUUGCUGACACCAAAGAUCAAGUGUUUCCUGUUAAAGAUGGCUUCCAUGCACUCAAAGGCAUUGUCAAUUCAAUAUUAAAGCAGUCCUGUACAGAGAUCCUGACAGUGGAGCCUUCCAGUGUCUGUGUGAACCAGUCGUUUGACAUCGUGCUUCGAGGGAACGGCUUCUCUGUGGGAAGAGGCAACGACGGGGUCGUCUGUAGCUUCAUGGUGGGCCAGCAGAUCUACAAUAGGAAGCCAAGCAUUGUGCAGAACGAUUAUCUCCUGUGUCCUGCGCCGGUGCUGUAUGAAGUCGGACAGUCGAUGGAUGUGCUGAUCAGUCUGAACCACGGUAAAUCCUUCAUCUCUAGUGCCUUCACCAUCCACGCCUCAACAUGUUCGGACGGCUUCGCUGUUGCCAUAGUCUUCCUGGUGCUGCUGUUACUGGCAGCCUUGGUAGCUGCUUGGUGGUUCUGGCCUCUCUGCUGCACCGUGGUCAUUAAACCCCCUCCUCCUCCUCCUGCUCCACUGCGGCCUCCGCCACCCGAGCCGGAGGAGGACGACCACCUGCCCAAGAAGAAGUGGGCGACUGUGGACGCCUCGUACUACGGAGGGAGAGGAGCAGGAGGGAUCAAACGCAUGGAGGUGCGUUGGGGAGAGAAGGGCUCUACAGAAGAAGGGGCAAGGCUGGAGAAGGCUAAGAAUGCUAUAGUGUCUGUUCCUGAGGAGGUGGAAGAGCCCAUGAUGGCCAGACGGGCCCCCAAACCCAAACCUACAUACCAACAGCACCAGGAGUCCAAAUGGUAUACCCCUAUAAAGGGUCGACUGGAUGCGCUGUGGGCAUUGCUUCGACAACAGUACCACAGAGUUUCUCUCAUAAGACCGACCUCUGAGGACAAGGGGAAAUGUAUUAAUUUCAGCCGACUGCAGAACCGUUAGAAGACAAAGGAAUAUAAUCUACAAUGAUGACUAUUCUCUCGGUUAAAAAGCUAAAUAUUUUUGAACAUUUAAAAUCCCCCCAAAAAACUAUAGUGUCCAAAAACCACUAUCCAUUUGCUUCUCUCCAUUUUGUGCACAAAAUGGGGACUCUUCUCCAUGAUAUCUCCUGCUUUCUCAAAAAUCAUACUCAUAAGAACAUUUAAAUAUUUCCAUCCAUCCAUCCGUAACUGGGACUUAACUUCAUUUUUUUCCCACUUGUCGUUUUUUUUAAUUUUUAUUAACAUAUAUUUUUUUCACAAGCCAAAGCGAAUAAAAGUACUGGACAAACUGGCCGUUCGGAUCCAUUUUUUUUUUUUUUUUUUUUGUGCACCAAAGGAUUAACAUAUUCUGACCAUAUUGUGCCCUCUGUGGAAAACCUUAUUUCAUGGGCACAGACGGAAGCAAUCUAAAAAAAAAAACACAGCGAGCGAGAGAGAGAGAGAGAGAGCGAGCAAGACUGUGAUGCCUUUAGCGUGGCAGUAUGAAUACUCCCAGCAGGCCUCGACACACAGUGCACAAGUCCAUCGCCUCUUGGCAACGUCUCAUCACAAAUCCUCUCCAACUCCUCUCCCUCCACUACCGUUUGAAAGAUGCCUGGCGGGACCCCCUAUGAACGUAGAUCCUGUCAUUUUAACACUGAGAAGUGCACACGCAUGACAAACUGUGGACAGCCAGGAUGCCCUAAGGUAUUAGAAGCAGUAGCUAAGACUUUUGCCCUUUAAUUUUGUGAAGACACCUUUCUUUCAUUAUGUACUGGGGACAAGGGGAGGGUUAUUAGAGCGUUAUCCCACCGCGGGCCGGGCCGGGCCGGGCCGGGACAGGACAGGACAGCCCCUCUGACCAGACCACCACAGCUCUCUUCUUCAGACUUGGUUUAAGGGAUAGGCUGCCUGAAGCCCCUGACAUGGUGCUUGGCUGUGUUCCCCUCUGUUUUGAUGCAAUCUGCUGUAUGCUCACUAAGGCAUACAACAUCACAACCCAAUAAACAUGACAGUCAGUCAGUUGAAGAGUUUUAAGAUAUACAUACAGCUGUCUCCAAUGUCACUGCUACCCUUCCCCACUGUCUCCAAUCCUCCAAGGACCUCCCUGCUUCUACCCUUCUGUCUCGUCCUCCAAGGACCUCCCUGCUUCUACCCUUCCCCUCUGUCUCCAGUCCCCCAAGGACCUCCCUGCUUCUACCCUUCUGUCUCGUUCUCCAAGGACCUCCCUGCUUCUUCCCCUCUGUCUCCAAUCCUCCAAGGACCUCCCUGCUUCUACCCUUCUGUCUCGUUCUCCAAGGACCUCCCUGCUUCUACCUUUCUGUCUCCAGUCCUCCAAGGACCUCCCUGCUUCUACCCUUCCCCUCUGUCUCCAAUCCUCCAAGGACCUCCCUGCUUCUACCCUUCUGUCUCCAGUCCCCCAAAGGCCUCCCUGCUUCUACCUUUCUGUCUCCAGUCCUCCAAGGACCUCCCUGCUUCUACCCAUCUGUCUCCAAUCCUCCAAGGGUCUCGCUGCUUCUACCCUUCUGUCUCCAAUCCUCCAAGGAUCUUCAUGCUUUUACCCUUCUGUCUCUAGUCCUCCAAGUUCCUCCCUGCUUCUACCCUUCUGUCUCCAGUCCUCCAAGUUCCUCCCUGCUUCUACCCUUCUGUCUCCAGUCCUCCAAGGACCUCCCUGCCUCCCUCCAGUCUCAGCCCUAUAGCUUCCCUCAGCAGCAGAAUAUCAACGUUUAAUUAAAAUAAUUAAAGAGAACAGCAAGCAGCAGCCUGUGAAGAUUUGGUCGUCUUUUUUUUUUAUUGCUUUUGACAUUGAAUGACCUACAACUGUACGUGCAUUAUUUGGAGAGAAAGAGGCCAUCCCAUCCUGUCUCCUUGGUGACGGUUUGGUGCACCCUGGCUGUCCGAAACCCAAACGCAAAACCAAGGCAACGGAUACGACGUACAGAUAAGUAUUGUUCAAAUUACGUUACCAAGCUUCGCACGCAGCGCUCCACCCCCCCCAAAAAAAACGGUAGUAUAUAUAUUUGUUGUAGAUUUCUCAAGCGUGUUGUCAUGACGCCAAUCCCAAAUGAUGUCAGCGAGAGAGGAGCACUGUGGGGGAGGAAAGGCAGCAGCUGAAGAGAAAUGGCUCCAACGAUCCAGUCACUUUGGAUACGGUACUUCAGAUGCAAAAUGGAUAUUCGAGCCGAAACCUGACAAAGCGCACCCGGUUUUGAUGGGAACCGGUAUAGACAAUGACCAGUGGCUGGGUCAGUGGGAUGUCUCUGUGCAACCAGGGAAGCUUAUCAAAUGACACUAAAAAUAAGUUCAACAACCAUCAAGUUUCAGGGGGAAUGGGCCAGGAUUUUCACAUUUGGUGGGCAUGCAAGUGCACGAGACGGGUUGGGCGCGCACGUCGUCUCUGACUUAAUUAUUCAUUUUUUAAUUUUUUUUUAUCUGGGUGGACAGGAAGGGACCGGAAUGACACUGAUGGUCAGAUACACAAUCCUUAGGGUGCUGUGAUAUUAGUUUCAGACAUAUAUUUUAGUCUCUUGCCUAAUUUCUCAGUUUAACAUUUUGGUCAGAUAAUCAGCUUCGUUUAGAUAUAUUUAACUGUUUUUUGGGGGGGUUUUUACAUUCCCUUUUUAUGUUACAUCUGAGAGCACAGAGCGGCUAUUAAACCCAUACUAAUGAGUUAUUUACAUGCCAGCCAGAACACAGCUAUCCAGUCUAGCAACGCUUCACAUUGGUUUUAAGAGGCUUCUCCUUCCCCUCUUGUGCCAUUUCCAAAUGUUCCAUGGAGAGAUCAAAUUGUUCACUUUUUAUAAAUAUUUUUUUUUUUGUAAUAUUGGUUUAAAAAUGCUAAUACAGCACUUGUACUUUGCCUAAGAUUAUUUUCUUAUAAAGAAUUAAUAUGUAUUUUCUUGCACUUUUGUUUUUCUGCAUGAUGGAUGGAAUUUUAUGUGAGAUGCCCAAAGAGCCACAUUUUGCCUUUAAAAGUUGGUUUGAAUGUAGUUAUUUCACUAUAUCUUGUUGUCAUUUUAUUUAGAAUUGGAUACAUUUUUCUAAAAAGCCAUUUCUAUAUUUGUCUUAUUCACAUUUGGAAGGUUGUAAAAUUAUGAAUAUUUUGUCUUUUUGAAAACACAACAUGUUAAAAAAAAGGUAAUCAAAAAAAGUGUUCAACUAUGUGUAAAACACUGUAUUUUGCAAUAAUUUAGAUCAGGAAGUUUUAUAAUUAAAUUUCCACUUUGAAAAUCAUAUAUUUUUAAUUAUCGCAGAAUAGCAAAGAAGUCUAUAAAAAAAAAAAACAUUCUUCACAGCAUCAGACAGGGUUUAUUUUUCUGAAGUGAAAAGAAAAUGGCCCUUUUUAUUGUACUUUGUUGUGUGUCCUCAUGUCUGCAUUUCAUAUGUUAUCAUAUAUUAUUAUAUAUUAUUGUAUAAUAUCAUAGCACUUCAGGAUAGAGUUGUUCUAGGUGCUUUUGUAGAGACAAAGAAAAACAAUUGUUUUCCUCACUUUGUGUUCUUCUUUCAGUAUCAAUUCAAGGCUCUGCAAAUGCAUAUGAUGUAUAGUUUAAAAAAAAAAAAUUUUUUUUAAUCCGUUUUGUAUAUUCAAUUUUAUUUUUUGUUCUUGUGUUUUACAAAUUCUCUACUACUAUCACAUGUUAAUGUUAUUACAAUGACUCAUUGUAAUUUUAAAAUGUGUUGAAUUUAUUAUUAAACCGUCCAAUGGAAACUGGACAUCCCAUUUUUA